AUGACUGAGCUGGCCUCCUCCGGGGGCGGGUCCCCCGCGGGGGACGGAGAGGAGGGCCUGGGGGACGAGCGAGGCCUGGUCAUCCACCACCCCGAGGAGCAGCCCCACCGCUGCCCGCUGUGCGGCCAGACCUUCUCGCAGCAGCCCAGCCUGGUGCGGCACCAGAAGGCGCACGCCGGGGCCAGCCGCGCGGCCGCCUUCGUGUGCCCGGAGUGCGGCAAGGCCUUCAGCGUGAAGCACAACCUGGAGAUGCAGAGUGGGCAGGACCUCAGGGCCCAGGGGGAGCAGGGCACAUCCGGGUGCAGAGUGGGCCCCCCGGCGCUCAUGGGCACUGCUCCCGAGCAUGAGGACCAGUCCCCUCGGAAGGACUAAGACCACCCGCCUCAGGAGGUGGGCUGCUGUGACAGAGGGGACUGCGCGGACCCAGGACUGGAGGCCGUUCGAGUGCCCCGGUAUAAGAUCUGGACGGCCGAGGCCCCGCGCCUGACCUGGCCCCCACCCUCCGUGGCCGCAGGGGCGGGGGCCGCCGGGACUGCGCCUGGGCAGAGCGCGGCUUCUCUGCUGCAGCCUGGAGCACCCGAGACGGGAAGUGAGUGGCCUGGAGAGCACAGUGUGGGCCAAGCAGCCCUGGCCCUGGCGGCCGGACGUCCCCAGCUGGGAGCCACGCGCGGGAGAACCACGGUUCCUGACACUGGGUGGUGGGGGGGUGUAAAGCCCUUGGAAAAUCUGACCGAGGUCGUGGCUCUUCUCCCGGGAAGAUGCGCGUACUCACGUGGACUCACGCGUACUCACGUGGACUCAAGGAUCUCCCCGCGUCCAGGAGCUCCUGGACUCAGGCUGGGGGCCCCGGCCCGACGGCCCCUCUCCGCCCCGCCUGCGGAGCCUGGGGGGGCGCACACGUGGCUUCU